UUUGCAUUGUCUUCAGACGACUGAACAGAACUUCAGAGUAAAGCACGAGAAACUGAAGAGAGGAGUUUUGUUCCCUGGUCAGUUUCAGAUCCUGAAACAAUGUCGAAUGCUAUUCCCAUGAACUCUUUUGUCAUCCAGCUGCAACAACCAAUACCAACAACAGCAAAUGUUCCUGCACCUGUUUAUGUCCAACAGAUAACAGGACUUCCAAUUCUUCAUGGACUUCGGGCAUUUCUAAAAGGCCAACCAAAAGCUCUUGGGACUGUUCAGAUAAUGAUCGGUGUGAUGACUCUCCUGUUUGGCAUUGUGGCUACAGUUUAUGCAGAAACCAUUUUUGUCAUUAUUGGUAUUCCUUACUGGGGAUCUAUCAUCUACAUAACUGCAGGCUCACUCUGCAUCGCUGCAGAAAACAAAGUUAAUUCGCCUUCCAGUAACUGUUUGGUGAACGGUUCACUUGGACUGAACAUCAUCAGUGCUAUAACUGCAGGCAUUGCCAUUAUUUUUAUUUCACUGGAUUUGGCAAGAGGACCAAUCCGCAAUUACCAGUACACUUACUGCAACAAUUAUAUAUGUUAUUAUGAUAACGAAAAGUAUGAGACUCUCUCAGAGGGAAUCAGUGGUGUGUUGCUGUUAUUCACCUUUCUUCAGUUUAUCAUCUCCAUCUGUCUGUCAGCGUUUGCUUGUAAAGUCUCCUGUUGCUGUCGUUCUCCUGAGGUGCCGUUAGUUCCACAAGUUUUAACUCCACAGCCCUCUGAUUUCAGAACCAAUAAUUCCCAUUAUCUUAACAGCUCAGAGAUACCUGCGGUCAACAGCUCCUCCAUGAACAACCAUCAUCAAGAACCUGAAUACAUAUAUAUUGAGUAA